GCCAUGCGAUCCUUCUUGUAAAGUUCGGGUCAGCGUGUAUGCCUCAUUCGAAUUGGGUCCCAUGGUCUGUCACGGAGAACUCCUCCGUACAUUCGAAAUCUCCGUCGGAGAAUUACUGGAGCGCAGCGAAAAAUCGCAUCCCAUCAUAUUUCAGCCAAAGCAGGAUGAAGUCGUAUCAGCUUGCACUUCACUGUUCAUGAGAGUGGAGCAGCAACUUUGUGAUCGAAACGAGGCCGCAGUUCUGCGUCUCCUUAUUCCAGUUACAUGCCGGGAUAUGGAAGCGUUAGCACUGAUGACAGACGCCGGACACCGUCUUCUCGCACGGUACCGCAGGACGCAGAACAGCGGGGAUCUCGAACAAUCUAUAAAGCACUUUGGACGAGCCUCGGAUCUCUGUCCCAUGGAUCAUCCCUACCACCCUGCAGCGCUGUUCAAUCUAGCCACGGCAAAGUUUGUUAGUUGCCAAGCGGACGGAAGAUACAUCGACCUCGACAUCCCUAUCUCUCUUUUUCAAGAAGCCCUCGACUCGCGCGCCACUGAUCAUCCGGACCGAAGCGUCACGCAGCUCCAUCUUGCCAUCGCUUUGCUCUCGCGGUUCGCGAAAUGGGGAUCUGAAACGGAUGCUGACGCAGCUACAGGAUUGCUGAGCGAAAUUCUCGAAGUCUGCCACGCCAACAACCACAUUUACAGAGCCGCUUUGAUCGCAAUGGAAAUGCGGGCUCUGCAUUCUGCUGGAAGGCUUGAUGCCAAUGAUAUUGGGCAGGAGUGGGCCGCCACAUCGAUGCUUCCGUUAUCACCGAAUGAACUUGCUCGUCGAGCAAAGUGGUGCGAGCAGAGAGAUGAACCCGGUGCCUUAGAUGAAGUGAUAUCGCUUCAUUAUGAUGCACUGAGAUACUACAACACCGGGCAUGCUAGCCGAGGGCAAUUGCUAUGCAAUCUGUCUGCAUCGCUGCUAACUCGCUUCAAGCGUCGAGGCAAUGACAAAGACUUAGAUCAGGCCAUCGCACAUGAGAUGGAGGCGCUGGCUUUGCACCCGGUCGGUCACACAGAUCGGUCUGCGUCAUUAAACAACCUCGCUGCUCAACUCUCCUCCCGCUUUAAGCACCGAGGCAACGACGAAGACUUGGAUCAGGCUAUCGCACUUCAGAGAGAAGCGCUGGCUUUGCGCCCGGUCGGUCACACAGAUCGGUCCAUGUCAUUACACAACCUCGCUGCUCAACUCUUCUCCCGCUUUAAACACCAACGCAAUAGAGAGGACCUCGAUGAGUCCCGAGAGAAUCUACUCUGUGCAUUGACUCUGUUGAGCCAGCAUGAUCCUCGUCAAUUGGUAGUCCAUCAGUUGCUAGCUGAGGUCUAUCUAUUAUUCCAUCAUUCAGGACCUGACGGCACCGUCGCGGGCGACAAUACAGACCGUCUGGAUGCUGCCAUGCGACAUAUCAAGGCAGCAACAAAUAUUGUCUCUGCAGGCUUGCGGUCCCGCCUGCGGGCGAGUCUACGUUGGGUGGGCCAUGCUAGUGAACAUUUGCAUAGCACUCAACUGGAGGCUUAUGCGACCUCUAUGCAACUCCUGGACGCUUACGUGUCUGUGACAGCCUCUGUGUCGUCUCGUCAUAAUGCCAUGAAGGAAUUCCCAAGUACACUUGCCGUGGAUGCUGCAUCUUGCGCCCUUCGCAGUGGCGAUGUGCGUCGCGCUGUUGAGCUGUUGGAGCAAGGCAGGACUAUCAUCUGGACCCAGAUGGCGCGACUCCGCACGCCUCUUGAUAGCCUCCAGAGUUGCGGCGAUCAUGCAGUGACCUUGGUGAAGAAAUUCAGAGACCUCAGCUCCCUCCUUGAUAGGCCUCCUGCGAGUCAUUCAGAAGGCACCUCAAGAGUUGUUGUAGAAGCAGAAGAAACUCGAUACAGAUGUCUAGUGGAGGACUGGAAUGGAACAGUAGAGGACAUCCGGAAGAUUGAAGGCUUCUCUCGCUUCCUACUUCCCCCCUUGUUCUCCGAUCGUCAACAUGCAGGUCGUGAUGGACCCAUCAUCGUGCUCAUCGCAAGCAGAUCGUCUUGCGAUGCUAUCAUUAUCCCGCACGAACAAGAUCCUACUAGCAUUCAACUCCCUACCAAUUUGGGAAAACUCGUCGAAUUGGUACUCGCGUUCCGAGAGGCAGUUGACAAAGAUGCCGGACCCAAUGGGAAGCAACGAGCGCUGAUGGAAGCUUUGAGAGAGUUGUGGAAAAUCGUUGUCCAGCCAGUGGUCAACAAUCUGGGCGGAAUUGCACGACAAAGUUCUCGAAUAUGGUGGUGUCCGACGUCUUUCUUCAAUUUCUUGCCAUUACAUGCUGCUGGCGAAUACAGGAAAGAUGGAGGAUCCCUUUCACGCCACUACAUCUCAUCAUACACCCCAUCGCUCACCGCGCUGAUUAAGGCUCGCGUGAGUCAUGACAGGUCCCCGUCUGUGCCCUUUGUUGCCAUUGGUCAAAAUCACCCUGCCGGUGCCGUAUUCACUUUGGAUGCUGUGGAGCCUGAACUGGAAUUGGUCCGGACACUCUUACCCCCUCCCCCAACCGUUUCCUUCUCCAAGAUAACCAGCGUUGAUGCCACAAAAUCGACAGCACUGCGCGCAUUGCAAGACAAUACGUGGUUCCAUCUCGCGUGUCACGGGACGCAGAGAUUUGACGAACCCUUCCAGUCGGCCUUUCUUAUGCGUGACCAGCCGCUUUCGCUCCUCGAUAUCGCUCAGAUGGAUCUGUCUCGGCACCAAUUUGCAUUCCUUUCUGCCUGUGAAACCGCAGUCGGUGACCUCAGAACGCCCGACGAAGUGAUACACUUAGCGGCUGGCUUGCAAUUUGCCGGGGUCAAGAGCGUCGUUGGGACAUUAUGGAAGGUCGAUGAUGCCACUGUGGAGCGUGUAGUCAAGGCGUUUUACACAAAGUUGUGCGGGGAUGGCACGAUGAAUUCCAAACGAGCUGCGCGAGCGCUGCACCAAGCGGUGCAGUCGUUGGCCAGUGACAAGGACAUUCCCUUGGCCCAGCGAAUAGUGUUCGUGCACAUUGGCAUAUGA